AUGCGGCCGAGGUACUUUGAGUAUACCAACUGCUCGUUCGAGGUGGACCCGGUGCCAGAGACCCACGUCUCCGACCAGAUGGUGGCUCCGCUAGCGGUCGGGUACAACACCGAGGCCAGCAUACCUGCGAGCUUGAAUCCAAACCUCGUACAUGUCGCCGGUGGUGCCGAGCUGGCCAUUUACGGCAACUUCUAUGGGCAGGAAGACAUGUGGUGUGGCUUCGAAGGUGUUAGGCAGCGGUCGCGUGCGGUCCGCGUCUCGAAUCUGGAGAUUCGCUGUCAAGUCCCUCCUCGUACCGUGGGCAUCAGUCGUGUGUAUCUGACAGCCCGUGAUGCACGUGGUCUUCCUAGCGUGGUGUCCGCCAAUGUCGGAAUGAUGCAGCUGGAGUACAUUGAGCCAGUUCAUCUCUACGAUGUUGAGCCCAAGCAGGUGAUCGACGGAAAGAGUACCCAUCUCAAGGUCCACGGUUCGAACUUCCGACCUGUCUCUGCUCUUCGCUGUGGCUUCGAAAGUCGGGUGCAACGCCGCAGCCUUCUAACCCACCGGAUUCCUGUCUGGACGUGGUUUGGGCACGUGCAAUGCAGCUCCCGCAUCGCAGCGGAUGCCAUUCGCACCUUCGUCAUGUUCUCCGCGGAGGCUCUCGAGCCCUUGGAUCGCGUCGAUCCUUUCAUGUGCGUCUCGUACCAGAAAGAUGGCACCUGGGUCUAUCACUUGUUUGACGAGAACGGUGUGCUGGCCGAACCACUUCUGCCACGCCUGGAUGAUGCUCUGGUGGCCGAGAUUGUCGGCAAAGACAUCAUCUCUUUGGAAAGGUACACCGGCACUUUUGCCGGUGUUCACAUCGGAUACGACAGGGGAGAUCUGGAGUUCCAGCCUGAUAUCGACAACCUGACCCAGUGGUUGCUGGAUCGUGACAUUGAGCUGCCGCAGGCCUUGCCAGAAGCCGCCGCCCGAAAUGAGAUAUCCUUGCACCCGUAA